UCAAAAAUAUCUACAGAGUGGCGAAACCGACCCUAACAUCCAACUACAGUCAAUCGUCGACAGCAUUACCAGACCAUCGGAAGUCGUGGGAAUACGAGGAUAGCAAUCGAAUACCUGUGAGGAACCAGCGGCGCGAGCCUUGGGAGUUCAAAAAGCCGUUUGAUGUAGUACCGCACUUUAGGCACAGCCGUACAGACGACACCGAACACAGAACACAGACGUAUCCCGCGUCUUCAUCGACAAAGGCCAAAUUACCG